AUGGCGGCGGAGGCGAAGGCGCCGCUGCUGCAGGAGGCGCGAAGGGGUGCCACGCCGGCGCAGACCAUCGGGAACAUCGUCGUCUCCAUCGUCGGCACCGGGGUCCUCGGCCUGCCCUACGCCUUCCGCACCACCGGCUGGCUCACCGGCGCUCUCGGUGUCGCUGGCGCCGGGGCGCCACCUUCUACCUGCUGGCACUUCACGGAGGCCACCAUCAUCCUGUCGCAGACGGGCGGCACCGUGGCGUACCUCGUGUUCAUCGGCCAGAACGUGUCGUCCGUGUUCGCCACCGAGGACGGACACGGCCCGCUGACGCCGGCCAACGUGGUCCUCGCGCUGCUGCUGCCCGUGCAGGCAUGA